AUGAUCCUGAAGGCUGUGAUCAUGUCCCUGGCCCUGGUGGCUGGCACCAGUGCUCUGCAGGAAAUGAUUAAUGACAAUGUCAACACAUCGGUUAGUGCUGAUAUUGUUGCCACCGUGGUGUGGGACUAUCUCAGCCAGCAGAACAGCGAUGCCAAUGGCACUGUGGACCAGAAAGCUGAACUGAUUCAGAAGCUCAAAAACAUCUUCAAGGAAAAUAUGUGGUUAAGAUUUCAUGACAAAGUGUUUCCUGACGAGAUAGAAGAGAUGCUGGUGCCCUUUGCACUAGACCUGUACAAGAGCCUCACCAAGGACUCAGAGAGAAAGAAGGGUGAGACCCAGAAGGAGCUGAAAGACUUGCAGGUAGAAAUGGAGCCCCAUUUCCAAGAAGUGAAGCAGAAAAUUGGAGAAAAUGCACACCUGCUGCAGGAGCACCUGGGACCCUACUCCAACAUGUUAAAAUACCAUGUUGACAGAAUGAAGUUUUUGAAUGCUCAGGUAAUGAAAUACAUGAAGGAAUUGGAGAAUGGACAAAGUGACAAUGCGGAGAGCAUGCAGGCCUUGGUGACUUCCAUGCCCUCCAAGAUCAAGGAGAACAUUACCAUGAAUCUAUUGGAAUUCCAGGCGAUCCUGAUAGCACUCAAGCAGGACGUUAAAAAAACAAUCAGCCAGUCCAUGAAGGAGCUGAACUGCAGCUUGGCCCCUUUCGUGAAGAACAUUCAGAAACUUGACCACCAGCUGGAGGGCCUCUUCUUUCAAUUAAAGAAUGAGACACUGGAAUUGGUGAACAACUUCUCUGCCAGGGUCUAUGAAUUGUGGAAGCUGCUAGAUCCCCUGCCUGAGGCCAUGCUCAGGGUCAACAUGGAUGAGCUGCAGAAGUUUCUGCCUGAACUGAAUAGAGUAGUUGAAGAGCAGGUGAAGACAUUCCAGUGCAAGGUGUCUCCCUAUAUUGAAACCUUCAACAAAGUGAUGGGGCAGAAAGUAGAAGAAUUUGGGCAGAAGCUGAGCCCACAUGCAGGGUACAUGGAUGAUCACUUGAUCUUCCUGGAGAGGGACCUGAAGGACAAGAUUAAGUCCUUCUUCAACAGUCUCGAGGAUAUUCAGAAUAUGAAGACUGGGAAUGUACCUCACCCUCCAGGAACAAGCACAGAACCCUGUCCUUUCGAGCAGAAUUCUGCAAAUUUGGGAUAG